GGCAGUGGCGGCGGCGGCGUGCGCAAUGGAGGGCGAGCGGAGCGCCCGCGCGGGCGGCGGAGGCCGGCGAGGGAGGCGGCGGCGGCGAGGAGGGCAGCCGCGGGCCGGUGCAGAGAUCUGGCUGCUUGCAGGGGCCCUGUAGACAGCUGCCUGGCCGCUUGCGCCACCACUGCUUCUUCCUCUGUUCCUUCGUGCGAUGAGUGUGCGGCUGCAACUGUGAUGUACUCCCCAGAGUGCAAGGCGGAGGUGACUCCCUCGCACAAUGGCAACCACACCUUCAGCUACACGCUGGAGGACCACACCAAGCAAGCCUUCAGCAUAAUGAAUCAGCUGCGCUUGAGCCAGCAGCUCUGCGACGUCACCUUGCGGGUCAAGUACAAGAACAUGCCCCCGGCCGACUUCCAGGCCCACAAGGUAGUGCUGGCCUCCUCCAGCCCCGUCUUCAAGGCCAUGUUCACCAUGGGACUACGGGAGCAGGGCAUGGAGAUUGUGCCCAUCGAGGGCGUCCACCCCAAAGUGAUGGAGAGGCUCAUCGAGUUUGCCUACACGGCCUCCAUCUCGGUGGGCGAGAAAUGCGUCCUGCACGUCAUGAACGGGGCCGUCAUGUACCAGAUCGACAGCGUGGUCAAAGCUUGCUGCACCUUCCUGGCCCAGCAGCUGGACCCCAGCAAUGCCAUUGGCAUCGCCAACUUCGCCGAGCAGAUUGGCUGUACCGAGCUGCACCAGCGGGCGCGGGAAUACAUCUACAUGAAUUUUGGGGAGGUUUCCAAGCAGGAUGAAUUCUUCAACCUCUCGCAUUGCCAGCUGGUGACGCUGAUCAGCAGGGAUGAGCUGAACGUGCGUUGCGAGUCGGAAGUCUUCCACGCCUGCAUCAACUGGGUGAAGUACGACUGCGAGAACAGGCGGCUCUACGUCCAGGCGCUGCUCAAGGCCGUGCGCUGCCACUCGCUCACCCCUCACUUCCUCCAGAUGCAGCUGCAGAAGUGCGAGAUCCUCAAGUCGGACUCGCGCUGCAAGGACUACCUGGCCAAGAUCUUCCAGGACCUCACCCUGCACAAGCCCACCAAGGAUGUGUCUUGCCGGGCACCCAAAGUGGGGCAGCUCAUCUACACGGCGGGCGGCUACUACCACCGGUCUCUCAGUUACCUGGAGGCCUACAACCCUUGCGAUGGCUCCUGGAUUCGACUGGCUGACCUGGAGGUGCCCCGCAGCGGCCUGGCCAGCUGCGUGGUGAGCGGACUCUUCUACGCGGUGGGCGGGAGGAACAACUCCCACGACGGCAACAUGGACUCCAGCGCCAUUGACUGCUAUAACCCCAUGACGAACCAGUGGUCUCCUUGCACUCCUAUGAGCGUGGCACGCAACCGGAUUGGCGUGGGGGUGAUUGACGGCAUGAUCUAUGCGGUGGGCGGAUCUUUCGGGAGCAACCAUCACAACAGCGUGGAGAGGUACGAGCCAGAGCGGGACGAGUGGCAGUUAGUGGCGCCCAUGCUCACCCGUCGCAUUGGUGUCGGGGUGGCUGUGCUGAACCGUCUCUUGUACGCGGUGGGGGGCUUUGAUGGCAAUUGCCGCCACAGUUCAGUGGAGUGCUAUUACCCUGAGCGGGACACGUGGGAGAUGAUUGCCCCAAUGAAUACCAUCCGGAGUGGAGCAGGGGUUUGUGCACUCAAUAACUGCAUUUAUGCCAUGGGGGGCUUUGAUGGCACACUACAACUCAACAGCGUGGAGCGUUACGAUGUGGAAGCGGGCACCUGGUCCUUUGCGGCACCCAUGAGCCACCGCCGGAGUGCGCUAGGGGUCACUGUGCACCAGGGCAAGAUCUACGUCUUGGGUGGCUAUGAUGGUCACACCUUCCUGGAUAGUGUUGAAUGUUAUGAUCCCACCACCGAUACUUGGACCGAGGUGACCCACAUGACGUCAGGCCGGAGUGGGGUGGGAGUGGCCGUCACCAUGGAGCCAUGCCGCAAACAGGGCGAUGAGAACUGCCAUUGCUAAGAGAGUGCAGUUCCUUUCAAAUGGAGGAAAGAAAACAAAUGGGAGAAGAUUCAGUAUUAAGACAUGCCUAGUGCUAAGUUCUGUUCUGCCAGGACCAAGGAAAAGUGCCAAGGAUGAGCAAAACUUCAAAACUGAAUUUGAACCACCCAUGAGGGGCAGUGACUGUGAAGAACUGUCCCUGCUCUGUGCUUUUAUCAGGGUAGUGUAUCUGGUGAUUUACGAUUGACCCUGCCUCAUUCUAGUACAGUGGUACCUCUGGUUGCGAACAGGAUCCGUUCCGGAGGCCCGUUCGCAACAUGAAAAGCCUGCAACCUGAAGCGCCGUAUCUGCGCAGGUGCGCGGCGCGAUUUGGCGCUUGUGCACUAAGCGUGAUUGAGCGCUUCUGCGCGAGUGGCGAUACCCGGAAGUAACCCUUUCCGGUACUUCCAGGUCACCCCAGGAUGCAACCUGAAAAAACGUAUCAUGAAGCAAACGUAACAUGAGGUAUGACUAUUGGGAAUCGUCUAAAAAAGGAACCUGCCUAUGAGAAUUGCAGAAGAGAGCUUGAUGUUCCCAGUGCCCUUCUUUCCAGAUGUCUGGCAAGUGAUGGUCGGGCAAGGAAUAGUCUAAUUAUUGGGGGUGGGGGUCUCCUUUGCAUGGAACGCUUGGGAAUACCUUGUAAAUAGAGCAUUCCUGCCUAUUUGAAAUGUUUAUUGAACAGACAGUUUGACAUCAAAUUCAAGUCUCGAUUUUUCUAAAGUUCCCUCUCUGCCUAUUCAAACUGGUAAAUUUUGACAGAACACUGCAAAAGGAAGAAAGCUGGGCAGACUGUUUGCUCUUGUGUGGCUGAUAGUUCUGCAAGGUAAGUAAACAUAGAACAGGACCUAUAAAGACUUCAGGUGGGCCCUGGCUGCUUUUGAAUUAUUGCCACCUCAUGAGAAGUGCUUGGCCAGGGUGCUUCCUGCAUCGAUUGGUUUUGUUUUUGUUUUUACCAUCAAACUUACUGGCUUGAAAUGAACUGGUUUUUAAAUUACACUUCUCACACAAAUAAAGCAACUUUUUGCGAUUA